GGUUCAAAACCAUCCACAAAGUUGUGUGUUUGGCCUGAUGAGGACAAAGAUGGUCAACCUCUGCCAAAAAGAUGUAGAGCUGGAGAGAAACGAAAGCGAGAUUCAGCUACUGUUUCUUCAGCAAGCGUUAAAAGCGUGUCCUGUGCUCCGUCUACCAGCACAACUGAAGACACAGUGAUCAUCGAAAAUUUUGACUCCCUCAUUCAAGAUGUCCGAGAACUCUUGGGAAGUGGUGAUGAACAGUCUUUCCCCUCAGAGUGGAGGAACAGGCAAACUACCUCUCUGGAGAAUUGGACAGUAAUGAGGCCCUUCAUGCUGAACAAUAUGUUGUCAUCUGAGAAGCCCAAGGAGGGGGUUUGCCAUCACUGUGGACACAAGGCUGCAGUAGUGAUGUGUAGGGACUGUUUACCACGAUCACUCUACUGCACAGCCUGUGACCUUUCCACACAUGAGGCCCUGGUGCUUCAUAACAGAGCAUCCAUGGUGGAGGGGUUCUUCAGACAACUGCCGCCAUCCACUUUUGUUCAGCAGCACGAGGGAGGGAAAUUCUCCUAUCAUGAAAAAGAUUGCAUGUUACCAAUCGUUCCUCCCUGCUGCGACUGCUCCACUGGGCAAACAAGCUUUUCCAAGGGAAAGCCAGUUAUUUUAAUUGGAAUGAAUGGAAGAUACAACCUCUUCCUUCCAUCAGUAAACUGCUCCUGUGGAAAAACCUUGCCAGUGACCAUAAGUGAUCUGGUUGAAAGUGGUUACUGGCCAGCCACUGUCAAUUUUGAGACCUUGUACAUGGUGGACUUGUUCACCACGUAUGAGGAUCUAAAAAUCACUGCCCCAGGGAUGUCCAGACAAGCUUUUAUCAGCAUGCUCGAGUGUCGUACAAAACUCUUCGGGCAAGUAAGUGGACUCAUCAUUUAG